AUGUACGAGGAAGUUCGUCUAUGGAAAAAUCCACGUGAACGUGAACGUUAUGAUAAUAUGGCUGAUGUCUUUUCGAUUAUAACAACGUUGCAAGCUCUAGAGAAGGCUUAUAUUAAAGAUGUUGUUGAACCAGCAGAAUAUACAAAAAAUUGUGAAAAAUUAUUAGCAAAAUUCGCUGCUGCAUAUCAACAAAUCGAAAGUGAAUUUCCAACAAUAGAUAACUUUAUUCGAAAAUAUAAACUUGAUUGUCCUGCUGCCACAUUACGAAUUCGUGAAGGACGGCCAAUAACCGUUCGUGAUGAUAAAGGAAAUAUGGGAAAAGCUAUUGCUGAAACAGUCAUGUUAUUCAUCACACUCAUGGACAAGUUAAAAUUAAAUAUCAAAUCUAAUGAUAUGCUUCAACAAGAUGUUCGUGAAUUAUUAGAUGUAAUAAAUCGUUUAAAUUUGAUUCCAUCAAAUUAUGUUGGUCGUGAAAAAAUUCCAAAAUGGUUAUCGAUUUUAAAACAAAUGGAUGCCGCUCAAGAAAUUACAGACGAACAAGUUCGACAAUUUCAAAUGGAUUUAGAAAUAUGUUACAACGAAUUCAAUCGAUUAUUAUCGACAAAUACUUAA